AUGGAUGAACCUCCAGUGACCGAGUUGUUCCCACCGAACAACACCACGAGUCCGAUGGCGUGCCGGCCCCCGUACGACGCCGGCCGCCUGCCGCUGGUGCUCCUGUACAGCGUGGUGCUCGCUGUCGGACUGCCGGCCAACCUGCUGACGGUCUACCUCACCUGGCUCCAGGUGUGCAGGAAGAAUGUGCUUGGCGUGUACCUUUGGAGCCUUUCGCUGUGCGACCUCACCUACCUGUGCACGCUGCCGCUGUGGACGCACUACGUGAGGCGGGGCCACUCGUGGCCCUGGAGCUCGGCCGCCUGCAGGCUGACGGGCUACAUCUUCUUCAACAACAUGUACAUCAGCAUCUUCCUGCUGUGCUGCAUCUCCUGCGACCGCUACGUGGCCGUCGUAUACAGCGUGGAGUCUCGCGGCCUGCGCCGGCAGCGCCUCGCCUCCCUGGUCGCCCUCUGCGUUGUGCUGCUGGUGGCUGUCGGCCACGUGCCCGUCUUCACCAUGAGAGAAGGCGCCGCCGGCGAGGGGGACCACCGCUGCUUCGAGCCGAGUCCGAGCAGCGCAGCGGUGACAGGCUUCAGCUACGCUCGCUUUGUGCUGGGCUUCCUGGUGCCGCUGCUGGUGCUGGUGGGCACCAACCGGGGCAUCCUGGCCAACGUGCAGCGCAGCGGCCUGCGGCGGCAGCAGAAGGCGCGCGUGUGCUGGUUGGCCGCGGCGGUGGUGCUGCUGUUCCUGGUCUGCUUCGCCCCGUACCACAUCCUCCUGCUGGUCCGAGCCGUCAUGUUCCAUUUCCCCCGGGUGGAGGACUGCCUGUUCGAGAGGACCAUGUACACGCCGUACACUAUCUCGCUGGGCCUGUCCGCCAUCAACAGCGCCGUCAACCCCAUCCUCUACGUCCUGUCCAGCGACAACAUCCGCAAGGAGCUGAGACGAGGCCUGGUGCAGGUCUGGGACCGAGCUCACCGCAGACCACAAUCCGACAACAGCCAGAACAAGAUCCAGCCCACCAAGAACUCCUCAGAGCCCCAGGUGGUGACCGUGGGGGGGCAGCCGGGACCUGCCGGGACCUGA